AUGUCCGACGCUAUCUAUCUAUCUAUCUAUCUAUCUAUCUAUCUAUCUAUCUAUCUAUCUAUCUAUGUCAAUCCAUUCAUAUCUAUAUAUUUGCAUAUCUAUCUAUCUAUCUAUCUAUCUAUCUAUCUAUCUAUCUAUCUAUCUAUCUAUCUAUCUAUCUGUCUGUCUGUUGGUCUAUCUAUCUAUCUAUCUAACUAUCUAUCUAUCUAUAUACAUAUGACAGUCCGUUCAUAUCUAUCUAUCUAUCUAUCUAUCUAUCUAUCUCUAUUCAUAUAUACAUGUCAGUCUAUUCAUAUCUAUCUAUUUCACUCCAUGCAUUUCUAUGUGUCUAUCUCAUUCAGUCCAUCUCUCUCCCCCUCCCUCUCUCUCUUUUCCAUCACUCUCUCUCUCUAUAUAUAUAGAGAGCUAUCUAUAACAGUCUGUUCAUAUCUAUCUAUCUAUCUAUCUAUCUAUCUAUCUAUCUAUCUAUCUAUCUAUAUUCAUACAUGCAUAUGUCACUCUGUUCAUAUCUAUCUAUUUAUGUCAGUCCGUGCAUAUCUAUGUGUCUAUCUCAUUCAAUCCAUCUCUCUCUCUCCCUCUCUAUCUAUCUAUCUAUCUAUCUAUCUAUCUAUCUAUCUAUCUAUCUAUCUAUCUAUCUAUCUAUCUAAUCUAGCUAUCAAUCAUAGUCUGUCAGUCUCUCUAUCUAUCCCAUUGGAUCUAUCUAUCUAUCUAUCUAUCUAUCUAUCUAUCUAUCUAUCUAUCUAUCUAUCUAUCCACCUUCAUAUAUACGUAUGCCAGUCUGUUCAUAUUUAUCUAUGUCAGUUCGUGCAUAUCUAUGUGUCUAUCUCAUUCAAUCCAUCUCUCUCUCCGUCUCUCUCUCUCUCUCUCUCUCUCUCUCUCUCUCUCUCUAUCUAUCUAUCUAUCUAUCUAUCUAUCUAUAUGCCAAUCCUCUGUUAUUAUCUAUCUAUCUAUCUAUCUAUCUAUCUAUCUAUCUAUCUAUCUAUAUUCAUACAUACAUAUGUCACUUUGUUCAUAUCUAUGUCAGUCCGUGCAUAUCCAUGUCUAUCGCAUUCAAUCCAUCUAUCUCUCCUAUCUAUCUAUCUAUCUAUCUAUGUCAAUCCGUUCAUAUCUAUGUGUCUAUCUCUUUCAGUCCAUCUCUCUCUCUCUCUCUCUCUCUCUCUCUAUCUAUCUAUCCGUCUAUCUCAAUCCGUUCAUAUCUAUUUCUUUCCAGUCCAUCUAUCUAUCUAUCUCUCUCUCUCUCUAUCUCUAUCUAUCUAUCUAUCUAUCUAUCUAUCUAUCUAUCUAUCAAUCAAUCUAUCUAUGUAUCUAAACGUCUGGUUCCAGCAAAUGAAGCACGGAAGAAUCCUUCGCAUCAAUUUGGAGAACCGCACCACCAACAACGAGGCCCUCUCUUGUAUGUCUCUCCUCAGAAUCGAGGAAACCAUCGUUCAACAUCGCCUACACUAA